AUGAGCACGUCAACCAUGGCCACACCGAGCGCACCGCAAUCAGCCACAUCCAUGUCAGCACCUUCAUCCACGGCCAUCCGGUCCGUUUCGGUAUCCAACGACACCAGUCCACCGGCAAAGAGCACCGGCAACAGCAACGAAGACGAUUCAGACAAACCCAAACGCACGCAAACCUGCUUUCGAUGUCGACAGAGCAAAGUCAAAUGCGUGUUCGAAGGCGAUAACACAUCCUCGUGUCGAAGGUGCAUGCGUCUCGGUGUCAGUUGUGAACUGCAGGGGAAGAAGGAGCCGCUCAGUUGGCAGAUGCGCGUUCAGCACCAGCUCGCUGCUCUGGAGGGUUCGUUGCAGAGCUUUCUCGAGAAGCAGAUGGCGGGUGGAUCGUCGAGUCAGCAGCAUGCCCAUUCGUCGCCGUUCGAUGCGCACAGCGGCAGCAAGCGCACCAACUUUCCGAGGUCGCGCGACUCGCCCAGCGCCGGCUCGGUGCGGAUGCACGAGCGCGAGGGAGGUUCCAAGAAACGCAGACGCACUAUCGCAAGCGAUCCCAGAACGUCUUCCAACGAUAUGCCGCCAUUCGCAUACAGCAGCAGCGGUCACUCGCACGCAGCAGAGAGCCCCAUCUACGCCGACGUCAACAGCAAUUCCGCCUCGAGCUAUCCUUCCGCCACCCACUUGUCACCUCGGGAUGCCGAGCGAGCAGGGCAUGCGGCCAGCACAAUCGGCCUGUUGGGCUCGCUCGAAGCUACGGUGGCACAUGCGGGUUCGGGCAGCCUUGCCGAGGCGAGUGCGUCAUUGCACGACGACGAUGGUGUAACUACGACUGCCGAGCGUGGAGCGUUUCAGACCGACGACGAGCACGACCAGGCAUCUCGGCCUCUGUCGGCGAUCCAAAAGCUCAGGAUGAGCGUGCUAGAUCGCAAAAAGGAGUUAUCACGGUCGGGGGAGAGGGUGUUUCCCAACCUUUAUCGAAUGGCCACCUCGGACGUGGGCAGCAAAGAUCCACGACCCAACGUUAUCAAGCAAGACCUCGUUUCGCCAUCCGAUGCGGUGGUGCUCUUCCGCUUCUUUGCCGACUACCUCGACCAAUACAGCUUUGGUUUCCCUACAUACCGUCCCGAUGCCAUCAUGUCGCCCAUGAUCCUCACCUCGGUCGUGUGCGUUGCUUCCUUGCACCACGCUCAGCUCAACCGUCUUCACGUGCCGUUGAAGAGAGACCUCAUCGCACGUCUUCAGACCGACGACCCGAGCUUUCCAUGCUCUGACGUCUACGAGACGCUGUUUUCGUCGUCCUCUGCCUAUCGCUCGUCGCAUCUGCAGUCAAACCUGCAUUUUGAAAAGGAGCUUGAUCCGGAGUUGGGCAUAGGCGUGGAGGAGAUUGUGGGGGCGAGUCUGUUUGCGUCGUGGUUUGGCGGGAAACGGGCGUGGAUGGCGUCGAGGCUGGCGCGAUGGUGGUCGGCCAAGUUCUUGCGUCAGCAGCAGCAUCCGGCCAUGAUGACGAUGGGCGAGAUCAUGAGCAUCUUGCCGCCGCCGAGGGACUUGGGCAAGCAGGAUCUACUCCGUGUCUGGCUUAGUGCAUACAUCACCGAGAUCCAUCAAGCGUGCAUGGAGGGUACGCCGUCCAUCGCUGGGCUCUCGUCGCCCCAUGCGGUAUGCGACUCUUUGCAGUAUUCGAAAGGUCUUUCGCAGCGGACGACGCUGCGCGAUCGCGUGCUCAUCAUUCACUCGCGCAUUGCUUGGAUCUUGAGUAAAGCGUACCACAUUGCCGGAAGUGGAUCGGCCGAGUACGGGAAAGGCGACAAGCCGCCGACCAACACCACGUCCAACGACAGCCCGAGCCGUAGCUGCCAGUCAUGCCGCGACGGGUACAGCGGGGAGAACGCGGCGGCGGGUGUGACUGCGGGUGGACGAUCAGCAGCCACCGAAGCAGCUUCGUGCCUCCACGCCGUGCUCGGUGCGUUUGAAGACCUCGAUUCGUGUCAAGAGGAGAUGGCGGGUCGACUUGAUGCAGAUGCGAUCGGCGAGUCGGAGACUAUGCUCUACCUCGACCUGUUCUUGGCUAGAGUGUUGAUCGCCUCCAUCGGCUGUGACUUUUUGGAUUCGACACUAUGGGACGGCAGUCUAGGGCAGAUCUCGGGACACACGCGGGGUGGAUUGGACAAGACAUCCUCGUCAGAAGCGGAUCUGCAAAGCUUGAGGAGUAGGACUUUGCGGGAGAGUUUGACGCGCGGCGUGGAGGGUGCCUUGCGCUCGUUGGAACUCGUCUGCUUGCCCACGGUGAGUGGCGGCGGUGGGUUGGCUUCGCAGGGUGCUGGCGGGGCGGGUGAGGGCUGGAACGAGAUUUCACUCAACGUUCUCGUACUGCCGCUGUGGUUCCAUUGGGCGUUAACCAGGUCGGUGUUAUUCUUGAUGAAUGUUCUUGCCGAGUAUCCGGAGCGGCUGUUGCCUCGGGAUCGAUCAAGAAGCAUCGAGUUGAUCAAUAUGUUCCUCGACCUCUACUCGAAGCACAUCGGUCACGCGAACAUGGUGCUCAGUCACUCCUCGUCGAAUGCGGGGCAUCACCAUCAUCGGAGCGUCAAUUCGGAAGGAGGAGGCGGAGGCUACGCUUCCGCGUGGUCCCCCUCUGCUGGAGGCGGUGACACCCGUGACGAUCACCGACACGGCGCUAAUGGCAUCGGUGCGAAUGACAGCAGUGCGGAUCCGCCUGGCGUUGCGGCGGCAGGAGGAGGAGGAGGGACGUCAGCGAAUGAAGCAGCGUGGCAGCAAACCUCGGCGGGCGGUGCUUCGCAGGAGGUAAUCCAACACCCGGCGACGCCGCUGCUCGAUACGCUUAGCCAGUGUCUUACAUGGGCGCGCCAUGGAGGUGUCCUGUGA